AUGCUGCUCAUCUUCACCAUCGACUCAACAAAUGCCUCGAAAAAGUUCUCUCGAGAGCUUGCGAAUUUCUCGACCAGUGCCAUAGUCGUGGGAUUGGUCAACAGGGCUUGGUCAGAAGUCAAAAUGCUCUUCCUAUCGAUAAGCCUUGGGGAUGGGUCGAGAUUUGACCCGGCAUUUUUCACCUUGUUAUGCAUGGGGCAAACCAUCCUUAACCCAGCCGCAAACGAAGGAUUCAUAGACGGGUCCACGUCAGUUAAGUUGUUGAAGUUGUGGAUUCUGUUUUGGAAAGAUGAACAGUGGGAAAAACCAAGUGUGUGGGCCCCUGUAAUUCCACUUACAAGGACAACAGCAUCUCUAGCAGCAAGGGCUAAAAUGUCUGCACAAGAGACUACACCAGGGCACAUUUUCUCAACUUUCCUCUUUGCAUGGUCAAUUACAUAA